AUGGCCAUCUCACGCAAGCGUAAAGUAGAUGAAGUUGGGGAGGCUAACAAAAAACCAACCAAGAGUCAAUCUAAAUCUACUGUUUCAUGUAAUCACGUAACAGACGCGGCGACUGACGAAACCAAUACAAGGUUACGGAAGAAACAAAAGAAAGUAGACAAAACGGAAGCUCAAGAUAUGCCACUUGCUCCUCGAACAUUGGUAGAUACUCUGAAGAAGCCAAUGCUUGUUGGUGCGCAUGUUUCUGCUGCAGGAGGAGUGCAAAAUUCUGUAAAAAACGCGCUUCACAUCGGAGGUAACGCGUUCGCCUUGUUCCUAAAAUCCCAGCGUAAAUGGAUAAGCCCGCCUCUUAGUACUGAAUCCCGCGAUCAGUUUAAAGUACAAUGCCUUGAAAAUAGCUACGAUGCGGCGAAGCAUAUCCUACCACACGGAUCCUAUCUCGUCAAUCUCGCUCAAUCAGACCCUGAGAAAGCUCAACAAGCAUACACCAACUUCGUCGAUGACCUUCACCGCUGUGAAGAGCUAGGGAUUAGACUAUAUAACUUUCAUCCAGGAAACUCGGGGAAAAACCAACGCCAUGAAGCAAUCCAAAAUAUCGCAACACAACUUAACAAGGCGCACAAAGCCACUAAAACAGUAAUUACACUCCUUGAAAAUAUGGCAGGUGCCGGAAACGUGAUAGGGUCAACAUGGGAAGAUUUACGUGAUAUAAUUUCGCUCAUUGACGACAAGUCUCGAGUUGGAGUUUGUCUUGAUACCUGCCAUACAUUUGCUGCGGGAUACGAUUUGAGAACCCCAGAAGCCUUUGAAGCAACUAUGAAUAGAUUUUCUAGCAUUGUUGGGAUGCCCUACUUAAAAGCGUUGCAUCUUAAUGACAGCAAGGCACCAUUUUCAUCAAAUCGAGAUGUGCACGGCAAUAUAGGUACUGGAUUUCUUGGUUUGACGGCUUUUCACAGCGUUAUGAAUUAUGGACCAUUUCAAGGUCUUCCUAUGAUAUUAGAAACCCCUAUCGAUGUAAAAACUGCUGAGGGGAAAACCGUAGAGGACAAAAGCAUUUGGGCCAAGGAAAUUCGGCUACUAGAAAGUCUCAUAGAUGUUGACCUUGAUACUGAAACUUUCAAAGAGGAGUCGGAGAAAUUGCAAAGACUUGGAGCAACGGAUCGAAAGAAAUUUCAGGCACAAGUAGAAAAAAAGAUAAGCGAGGCGGACAAAAAGCAGCAAAAAACUUUGGAUAUGAUGCUCAAAGGUACGAAGUCAAAAAGAAAAGGAAAGCCAAAAAAAGAUGAAACAGAGCUUGAUUCAGAGGAUUCAGAUGUGGGCUGCAAACAUUGA